AUGGAAGAGCAAAAUGCUUUGGCUCAUUGGCUUCUCGCAAAUAGUAGCAACGAGAAAUGCAAGGAUGUAGUACAAAAGGAGGCAACUUCUAUCUUUGGAAUAGGGCACCGAACGGUACACCGUUUAUGGAGCAAUACAAAAGAAAAGCUUCAGUCAGGUACACCUAUAGUAUUCACAUCAACACGCAAAGGUGUGAUACAUAAAGAUAGGAAACAACAUGAUGUUGAGAAGGUUAAAUCAUUGUCAAUUCUAGAGAGGUCUACAAUACGUAAAAUGGCUGUGAAGCUUGAAGUUAGCAAGAGCUUACUUGGGCAGUGGAUAAAACGAAAGGAACUACGACCACAUACAAGUGCAAUCAAACGACUAUUGACUAAUGCGAACAAGAUAGCAAGGAUGAAGUAUUGCUUAAGCAAUGUUGUGUAUGAUGCAGCAAUGUCAAGCUAUAGUUAUCAAAGCAUGCAUAACGUUGUUCAUAUAGACGAGAAAUGGUUUUAUAUGACCAAGACGUCGGACAGAUAUUACAUUCUCCUUGAAGAAACAGACCCGUAUAGAGCAACAAAGUCUAAAUGUUUCAUCACAAAGUGA